UAUCAAAUCAAAUCAAACCACAGCACACCACAGCGACAGCGACAGCGACAGCGACAACGAUGGAGGCCGUCUCUGGCCCCAGCCCAACAACUAGUCGAAGGAAAGAUCACCAGCGGCGGCAACAGCAAAGACUGUUGCAUCCGACGAGCAUUAGACAGAGCACAAGUGCGGCAACUGGAACCGGAACUGGAACUGCAGCUGGAACUGCAACAGUUUCUGUUCCCGUUCCAGUUUCACGGAAUCGGCACCAAAAUAUCCGCGCUUUCCGUCGCCGCCGCGUGCGUGUUCUGUUCUGGACGAUGCUCUAUGGAGUGAUCGGAACUUCGGGCUGGUUUCUAGCAGUUUCCUACCGGAAGAUUCUCACGAGCCAAAUGUUGACAGCACCAGUGCCGUCGGCUCUGGCGCCGGCAGCAGCACGAACCGGAAUAAAAACCAAAAUCGACAAGAACACGAACAGAAACAGAAACAUGAACAGCAGCAACAGCACCAGCAACAGCAACAGCAACAGCAGCAACAACGGAAACUCCACCACUGCUGCUAUCCAACGCCGUCACCGGCAUUCCUCCCCGAGGGAAAAGGAACGGAGCAACUGCGCUAUCGGGCUCUUCGGGCUGCCCCGUUCCUUCAAGAAAUACGUCCUCCCCUCGCUCGAAGCGAACGUCAUCCGGCCCAAUGCUGCCUACGGGUGCGACUACUUUGUACACUACUACAAGCAGGAUUCCGAGGAAGCCGGGAGGUCGGGCCGUGGUGGGUCUGUCCGCCCCGACGACGUUCUUCUGCUCAGGGGUGUGGUUGAGACCGUGCACAAUGAACACUGGGAGAACCGCCACCAACAACAGCGCCCUGCAACGGACACGAUCAACGACGGACGAAUCACAACCACAACCACAGCAGCGUUCCCACUCCCGACAAUGCCGCCACCAAUGCCAACCGUUGCCUUUGUCUCAGAUACGAACGAGACCUUUUGGGAUGCGCGCUUCGAACACUACCUCAAGCGGUACCGGAUGGCCAGGGACAAGGACACCGGAAACUAUCUCUUCUACCCCUACAAAGAGCCGACCUACGAGUACCCUGGGACGCUCGACAACAUCAUUCGGCAGUGGCAUUCCGUUCAGGCCGUGUGGGAAGCAAUGGAGGGUCACCAGCAGCAGAACCAGCAACACCAGCACCAGCGCAAGAAGCACCAGCAAACCAACAAGCGGUACGACAGGGUGGCCAUGUUGAGGAAUGACGUGGUGUACAUCACCCCAAUCGACAUCUAUCGCGUUCCGGAACUGGGCACUUCGACCAGCUCGAAGGGCGGCGGCAACGAAAUCUAUUCAACCUCGGUGGUUCCCGGCUUUGCCAAGUACCCCGUCAACGACCGGAUGAUCUAUGGCCCCUACGAGGCGGUUGAGAUAUGGGCAUCGAAGCGUUUCGAGAACAUUGAGCUCUAUGCGACCGAUCCAAACCGCAACAAGGGCAUGGUUCUGCACUCGGAAACCUUUCUCAACGCGAGCAUAUUCGAGGCCAUAAAGGGGCUGGGAUCACAACGGGGUGAAACAGAAACGGAGACAGCCACAACACCGGCAACCGUCGAGAAAAGCAGCAGCAACAGCAGCAGCAACGCAACGACGCUCGCGCGGCAAGCCCGCAACGUCUACCGAGUGGUGGAGGACCCCUGGAUCUGCUUCCUUCGGGUCCGUGCCGACGGCGCCGUCUGGAUCGAGGAUUGCGACCCCAAGAAAUCGGGCUUUGGGGGGGGAUACCCCGGGGGGGAAGCGAACUACACGGACCUGCUCACCAAAUUUCUGCCCAAUCACGGCAAACGCUGCAGGAGACGUCUAGUACGGGACAAGCAACGGAGAAUCGUUGAGCUUGCUUGCUCGUAGAAUCGAACGGUGAGAACAGAAGAAAAAAACGAGCAAAAGAAUAUAGCAAUAUUCAACAUCGUUCAAUGUUGAUUGAACACAAACACAUUGAUGGCUGGCUCAUUCAAUGACUGCGUACUCGUGCUUCUAUUUCUUACAAGUACGAAUACGAGUACGAGUAAAAGCACUCGGAAUUGGUAUCAAUCAGUUUGGCGUGUCAUCAAUCGAAACCCUACAUCGAGCACCGCAUCGGUUGCAACCCUAGCUAUUACGGGCUCACUAAUUAGCACACAGACAGGUACAAGAGUGGCAAAAGCACACCAGAAUGACACACCAAUGUUCUGCAAUCGCUCCCUCACCCACCUAUGCGGCAUCGUACUCGUACACAUAACUAUGGUAAUAAUGACCCCAGAUUGAA